AUGUCUCUAUCCUCAGCCAGAGCUUCAAGCGACCCCUACUUCGACCUAGGAACGUUCGGUCGCAAGAUUAGCACCAAUUCCCAGGAAGCGCAAAGAUGGUUCGAUAGAGCACUUGUCUGGACAUACUGCUUCAAUCACGAUGAAGCGAUCAGCUGUUACAAGCAGGCGAUCGCACACGACGAGGCCUGCGCCAUGGCUUACUGGGGGAUCUCCUUCUGCUCCGGUUCCAAUUACAACAAGACCUGGGCAUUAUUUGACGAGCGAGAUCGCAUCAGCGCAAUUAAACAGUGCUACAUAUACUCACAGGAAUCUUUGAAGCGGGCGCAGAACGCUUCGCCCUGGGAACAGGCGCUCAUCCAAGCCCACGCAAUACGAUACCCCGACGACAACCCCGGGCGAGAUCUCGGAGGAUGCAGCAGGGCAUAUGCCGAUUCCAUGAGAGACGUGUAUACAGAGUUCGGUCGCGACGAUUUUGACAUCAUUACCCUCUUCGCUGACGCGUUAAUGAAUUGUGCGCCGAGGAAACUAUACGACGCAUCGACCGGCCUACCGAUAGCAUCAUCGCCCGUCUUCGAAGUAAAAGCCCUCCUUGAACAAGCCUUGAAAAUGCCAGGGAUCGAACGACACCCAGGUCCCGCGCAUAUGUACAUCCACCUGAUGGAAAUGUCGGCGACUCCCGAGCUCGCGUUGCCGGCGGCAGAGAUGAUUCGAGAGAUCUUCCCCGACACGGGACAUACUUUCCAUAUGCCGGCGCAUAUUGACGUGCUCGUGGGCGACUACCGUCGGGCUGUGGAAUACAAUUACAAAGCGACGGUCGCGGACGAUAAAUACUUUCAACAUAACGGCGGUUUGACCUUCUACAGUUACUAUCGCCUACACGACUACCAUUCCCUCAUCUACGCCGCCAUGCUCGGCGGCAUGUCCAAAGCCGCACUCUCAGCGACAGAUCGCAUGGAGGCAACGAUUACAGAAGAGAUUCUCCGAGUGGAAACGCCGGCGCUCGCGAACUGGAUGGAAUUCUUCAAGGCCGUCCGAGUCCACGUGCUGAUUCGAUUCGGAAUGUGGGAUGAAAUUAUAAAACUCGAACAACCGGAAGAUAAAGAGCUUUACUGUGUCACGAACGUCAUGCGACACUAUGGAAAGGGUGUCGCAUAUGCAGCGACAUCCCGACUUGAGGAAGCAGAUAAAGAGCGCGAGCUAUUCAAAUCCGCAUCUCGACUCGUCCCUCCAACCCGGCUGGACUUCCCGAAUAAAAUCACCGACAUUCUCAAAGUUGCGUCUGCAAUGCUGGAUGGCGAGAUAGAGUAUCGUCGCGGCGAUUACGAGACUGCUUUCAAGAGACUGGCGGAUGCAGUGGCGCUCGAGGACGAGUUGCCCUUUGCAGAGCCGUGGGGAUGGAUGCUCCCUGCGCGACAUGCAUAUGCGGCGCUUUCAUUGGAGCAGGGUCGGGCUGCGCAGGCUUAUGCUGAGGACCUGGGACUUUAUCAUACACCCAAGCGUGCGCAUCAACAUCCGAAUAAUGUGUGGGCGCUUCAUGGUUAUAAUGAGUGUCUGGAGCUUUUGGGUCGUCAUGGGGAGGCGAACAUCAUCAAAAAGCAGCUUUCUUUGGCUCUUGUGGGGGCAGAUGUUGAUAUCACUUCGUCUUGCUUCUGCAGGCUUGGGAAUAUCCCCUCGUGUUGUGCAAAGCCUUUGUUGAAUGGGACUCACAGCGUGAAGGCAUAA